GUCAGAGACUGCAGAUAGGAUACAGGAGAUGGAUACAGGAGAUGGUCAGAGACUGUGGACAGGAUACAGGAGAUGGUCAGAGACUGUGGACAGGAUACAGGAGAUGGUCAGAGACUGUGGACAGGAUACAGGAGAUGGUCAGAGACUGUGGACAGGAUACAGGAGAUGGUUACAGACUGUGGACAGGAUACAGGAGAUGGUCAGAGACUGUGGACAGGAUACAGGAGAUGGUCAGAGACUGUGGACAGGAUACAGGAGAUGGUCAGAGACUGUGGACAGGAUACAGGAG